AUGGGGAAGAAGUCAAGUCACCCAACUGGAAUCGGAGGGCUGGCCAGCCAGGUGUCGCCUCCUGCUGGCUCUGUCCCACCGUGGUUUUCUGUGGCAAGUGCUGGAACGUGGUUGUCGGCUGCAGCUCAUGCCCUUAGGUCAAGUGGAGGGAGCUCUCAGCGGAGGCACCAACAAAAGUUUCAUAAGAAAAAGACAUCCAGACCUAGGUUUUACACAGAACUUUAUCAGUUCAUCAAGGGAAACCUCAGUGAAAGCAGGAAAAAGAAUAUGUGCCGUUAUAUGCAGGCAAAAAAAGGCAAUAUAUUUUUCACUGAAACCAAGCAACAGCAUGUUCCUCAAAGGCAAAUCAAGAAUACAUAUUGA